AUGCAAAUACAAGAAGAUGGUGUGAAAUACUGGACACCUACAACCCAAAACGAGAAGACACCAUACGAAGGACAGCGAUUUGAAACAAUUGACAUCGGGAUUGAUUUCUAUCAAGCAUACGCUAAGGAGGCAGGAUUUGAUGUUAGGCACGGCUCAAAGCGUAGAAACCGAAUGGGUGAAGUGUCAAUUAAAUACAUGCUAUGCUCACGAGAGGGUUACAAGGCGGAAAGGAACGAAGCCACAAAUACCGCGAACAAACGAAAGAGGCGGAGGAGAGUGUCAAAUAGGAUAGGAUGUAAGACACGUAUGGUAAUGACAAAGUGUGACACUGGCGGAUACAAAGUCCAUGCAAUGGAGCUAUGCCAUACACACUGUCUAUGCUCGGAUAAAGCCAAACCUUUUUUAAAGAUAAAUAGGCAGCUUGACAUCGGCCAUAAAACCUUUUUGGCUCACUGUGCAAAGGCAAACAUAGGUCCCACAAAAGCUUUCAGACUCUUCAAACAGAUGGUGGGAAGCUUUACGGAUCUAGGAGCGACAUGCAUUGACUUUUGCAAUUUUAGGCGAGACCUGUUGGCCUAUAUAGCUGAGGCAGACGCCCAAAUGGUGAUAGAAGACAUGUUCAAAAGAAAACAAGAAAAUCCGGACUUCUAUUUCGAUUAUGACAUUGACGAAGAAGCUCAAUUAUCCAGGAUAUUCUGGGCAGACGCAGAAUCUCGAAGGAAUUACGCAUGUUUCGGCGAUGUCAUGUCAUUCGACGCUACAUACAGCACAAACAGGUACAAGUUAGUCUUCGUCCCUUUCAUGGGGGUGGAUAAUCACAAAAGAAGCAUAACAUUUGGGGCAGGCCUGAUUGCGAAAGAAGAUGUAGAGUCGUAUGAGUGGCUACUAAAGAACUUCAAAACUGCAAUGGAAUACGCACCAAGAUGUACUAUAACUGACCAAGAUCCAGCACUCAAGAUAGUAGUACCACAAACUAUGCCAACAACAAGGCACAGAUUCUGUAUGUGGCACAUUACCACAAAAGUGGGGGAAAAGGUAGGGGCAACCCUGUGGCAUAACGCGGACUUCAAAAUGGCAUUGAAUAGUAUCAUAUGGGAUGAAACGUUAACCACAGAUGAAUUCGAGAGAAAAUGGGAACAGGUAAUGAAGGACUACAAUCUAGAAGAACAUAGGUGGUUUACCCAGUUGUACGAGGCACGUGCAUCAUGGAUACCGGCAUACUUCAACGACAUACCGAUGGGAGGACUGCUCAGAACAACAUCAAGAUCAGAAUCAGAAAACAACUAUUUCGGUAAAUUCACAAACCACCACUGCAGCUUGGUAGAAUUCAUGGCACAAUACAACAGUGCCAUCGGAGAACAAAGACAUAAUCAAGCAAAGCUAAUCGCAGAAAAUGAAGGUUCAUACCCGGAAACAAAAACCCCUUUGAGUAUUGAGAAGAAUGCUGCUACAGUGUACACUAUAAACAUAUUUUACGAACUCCAAACAGAGAUAUGGGAAGCCAGUUUCACGAACCACAUCAUCCACAAACACAACGUAGGUGAUAUAUGCAAGUACAAAGUUGAGGACACAGAUGGAAAAAUGUUUGAAGUAACAGAAACCCCACAAGCGGAGGAAAUAGAGUGUGCGUGCAAGAAAUUCAACCGUGUUGGUAUACUAUGCAGGCAUGUGUUGUUGGUGAUGAAGACAAGAGGGUAUGAAUCGAUCCCACGCAAGUAUAUUGUUCCACGAUGGACAAGAGAUGCAUGUGCACACCCAUUACACAAUGUUCUAUGGGCAAGAAGAACGAAUAUUCCAACAUCGAAUGAAACAACAAAAGUUGCCAAUCAACUAUGGACUGAAUUCUACAACUGCAUGGGAUUGGUGAAUGGUUGGCCAGACAAAAUGGACCAAAUGUUGGCAACAUUGCAACAACUGAAAAAAUAUCUAGAAAAGGAGAGGCAACAAACAGAAGAUGGUGCCAACAACACAUCUGUGCUCGAAAGACUAGUCGGAUCAACCAAACCAGGAGAUAUCCAAAUAAAACCACCCAAAGUUGCAAAGAACAAAGGAAGUGGGAAGCGACUAAAAAGCAACCGAGAGAAAGCCAUGUCGAAGACACAAAAGAAGAAAGAAAGGACAUGCAAUACAUGCGGCCUCCCAGGCCACAACAGUCGCACCUGUCCAGAUAAACUUGCAUCAGACGAAGUUUAG